UCGCUUUCGCUUCCCGGGCCGCCCAGGCCAGAGGAAGGCUGGGCCGGGGCCAGGGCCGGGGCCGGGCGGACCGCCGCUGGGCCCUGGGCUUGCUCCCCGCGGAGGCGCAGCGGGACGACGAAUUGUUUAGCUCAGUGUUUCCCGAGCUUCUAAAAAACGUAAGUCGGGGAAAAGAAACCGGUGGAGUCCACUCGAAGCCCUGAUGGGUUUCUACAUUGGUGAAGGUACACUGGACAAGUACUGACUGCACAAGCUGCUUUUAGGAUGUCUGAAGAUGAUGAAAAAGUUAAGCUCCGUCGAAUUGAACCUGCCAUUCAGAAAUUUAUUAAAGUGGCAAUUCCAACGGAUUUGGAGAGGUUAAGAAAACACCAGAUAAAUAUUGAGAAGUAUCAAAGAUGCAGGCUCUGGGACAGAUUGCAUGUGGAGCACAUUAACGCAGGACGAACAGUUCAGCAACUCCGGGCCAAUAUGAGAGAGAUGGAGAAACUCUGUUUGCAAGUCCGACAUGAGGACAUCCCGGUUCUGCAGAAAAUGAUAAAUCCCAUUAAAGAGGAAGCUUCGUUUGCCAUAAAAGACUUCCUACAGCUCCAUUCUCAAUCUGCACAAGAACUUAAGAGACAACUCGAAGGGCAGGAGGAUGCCUCUUUAAUUAGAUCUGCAACUGUUGGAGGAGAAACUUUAUGUAACACAGAAGUGAAGGAUGGCUCCCAAAGUUUAAUCCAGACCUACUCACACCUUCCCGAAAUACCUCAGGAAGAAAAUGCAGCUGAGUCUUGGGAAACUUUAGAAGAGGACUUGAUUCAGCUUAGCCAGUUGGUGACUGAGUUUUCUCUCUUAGUCAGCUCUCAGCAGGAGAAGAUUGACAGGAUUGAAGACCAUGUCAACAGUGCUGCUGUGAAUGUUGAAGAGGGAACCAAAAACUUGGGGAAGGCUGCAAAAUACAAGCUGGCAGCUUUGCCUGUGGCAGGUGCAGUCAUUGGUGGAGUGGUGGGGGGUCCUAUUGGUCUCCUUGCAGGCUUCAAAGUGGCAGGAAUUGCAGCUGCACUUGGUGGUGGGAUUUUGGGUUUCACAGGUGGAAAAUUGAUACAAAAAAGAAAACAAAAAAGGAUCGAGCAGGUCUCUUCCAGCUGUCCAGAGCUUUCUCACCAAAGUGCCAAAAAAUCCAGUUGAAGUAUAGAGUAAUUUUGAAUCAGAAUAAAAGUGUAGUAGCCAUGCUAAUGACAGGCCUCCAGCCUUAUGCUUUAAAUACAAGGCUGAGUUGUGUGAAUUUUGACAACAGUACUGUCAUUUGGGAGGGGUGGAACAGUAAUGCCAGCAUUUCCCUUUUCAGAUGCAGUGACAUCAAUCCUCUGAAAAUUAUAUGGAUAACUUUUAAUUUUAAAAUUCUUAGGUGAGCUACAUGUGCAGCUGUAAUGAUAAGUGAUAGGUGCUUGAUGCCAAAUUUGCACAAAGUGUCUUGCAGACAAUAGAGAGAAAUAUUUGGAAAACCCUAGAGCUUCCCAUGAAUGCCACCCAGAAGCUGGAGCUUUUAUUACAGUGCUCUAAAGGAAAGGAAAUAAGCUGCAUAUAUUUUUCAUGGUCUUAGCACUUUAAAUUAAAUUUCAUUUAUCUGGAUUCCCAGACUCCUCCCAAGGAAUACCCCCCCUCCCAGGAUACAACUGGCUAUGCCUGUGCAGUAAUGCACAGGGAAGUGUUGGCUGCCAUAGGAAGUGAAAAUGUUGGGUCAGGAAUGUGGAAGAGAACAUUCCACAUCUGCCUCAGCCAAAUCAGAUCAGGAUCAUAAGCAGCUUUUCCCCCUUUUCAGGUACUUCUCUCUUUUUUUUUUUUUUAAUUUGUAAACUCAUCUUGUUCAAAGUGUAGUUAAGAAUUAAACAGCCUGAGCAGGAACCCUGCAGGACUGCUUCUGGAGAAUAAUAAUUUUCUAUGGCUAUUCAACUCCUUGGCUUGUCCUGAGAACACCAUACAGGAUGAAGUGACAAGCUCUGGCAUUCUGAGCUCGAAGCCUCAGCUUACUUAAGUAGCACUCGCUGCUAAAUGUUGUCCUUUCUUCUCAUCUAAUCCUUAUCAGCACUUUGGUAGGAGAGCUUAAAAGCUUCCCUGGAUGGCAGUGCUGAGCCAGGCCCACUCCCUCAGUGGUCUUUAUUGCCCCUCAAGUGCGGCAGUAAGCACCAGGUCAAAGGAUGGUGCAGCAGCCGGGCCAGCAAUUUACCCCUUAAAUGGUGCCAGUGUCAGCUGACAUCCCCAGGUGGUGGCACUGUUUUGAAAAUGGCAACCAAAGUGUUUAUAGUAAGUAACUGUGUGUCUUCAGGUGAGCUUCACACUGUUCAGUUCUGAAACUUCAGCCCCCACCCACACUGCAGGGUGACAUCUCAGCCUUUUCAAGAUUUUGGGACAUGCUGUGGACAAGGUGCUGCUACUGCUUUUGCUGGCAUUUAUAGCAGAUGCCUGUUGUUCUUACUUGGCUGCUUAAGAAGCCUUUUGCUUUUCAACCUUCCAUUGUUCAAUAGGGGAGUGCUAAUGUUUUUAUUGUCACAUGAUCUACUCUUCAGCACAUGGUCCUACCUCCAUCCUUCCAGGACAGUUCCCACACUCUUGCUGCUACUGUUUGGGGGAACAUAAACUGAGGUUGGGAAGCUGCUUUUUAAAGUUUUUAAAUUAUUCUAUUUAUCCUGAGCUCUGAGUCUAUUUUUCCUUAACCAGUACUUUGAUAUCAUCAUUGGAAAUAACUGUCUGCUAAUGACAGAUGAUAGGUUUUUGUGCCUAGAGACCCUGUGAAGCAACUGUUAGUUACAGCACAUGUAUCUUUUUCUGAACAGUUCUUCCUUAUCACUAUUAAAAUAUGAUUGAAAUUGCUAUCUGACCGAGAAUUGUGUCACUUUUAAGUACGUCUGAGUCUCAGGGAAGCAAUGUGUGCAAACCCAGUUUUCACAGGUAGUCGCAAACACUGUCAAAACUGCGUGUGUUAAAGCCACAGUGCCUACAUCUGUAAAGUCAGCUGGAGGGGAAAACAUGACCCAAGGAAUUAAGCUCAUUUGUUCCUGUCAGGCAAAACGCACUUUUCUAUAAAUGCAUCUACUUUGGAUGUAAACAUAUUUAAUGAACUUAGAAAUCACAUAUCAGCACUUAAAGGAAGUGAAGGAAAAGUGUUCUUCAUCAGAAACCGUGGGUGAUUGAUUCCUUGUAUGAUUUUAAAAAGCUAUGUCUGCUUUCCUGCUGUAUGCUUGGAAACCUUGUGUGGUUAAAUGACAGCAGCCACAGCAGAGACAGCACAGACUCCACCCUCCCCCCAGGCUGGACUAAGGCCAGGACAAUCUAAAUGCAUAAAACUGAAUUCCUGCCACAGCUUAUAAGAAAUCAGCUUGGUAUACACUCGUUUUACGAAGUGUCUUGCACAAAACCUAUUCUUCCUCCCUGCGUCUUUAUGGAAGCUAUUUCAAAACAUGGUGUACACACUGUUAUUUAAGCUUUGGUAUUGUAAAAUAGUUGAGUUACUUACAUACAUGAAGAAACGUGCACCUGAAUAACCACACUAGCAUUUAAAUUGCUGGGCAUGUUAGUCAGAAGAAAUGUAAGAUUCACAUAAUUCUUUCAGACCAAAUAAAAGCUUUUGUCUACAUGA